AUGGUGAAUGAUGGUGACGAUAUGGUGAAUGAUGGUGACGAUAUGGUGAAUGAUGAUGAUGGUGAGGAUAUGGUACAUGAUGGUGACGAUAUGGUGAAUGAUGAUGAUGGUGACGAUAUGGUAAAUGAUGGUGACGAUAUGGUGAAUUAUGGUGACGAUAUGGUGAAUGAUGGUGACAAUAUGGUGAAUGAUGAUGAUGGUGACGUUAUGGUGAAUGAUGGUGAUGAUAUGGUGAAUGAUGGUGACGAUAUGGUGAAUGAUGAUGAUGGUGAGGAUAUGGUACAUGAUGGUGACGAUAUGGUGAAUGAUGAUGAUGGUGACGAUAUGGUAAAUGAUUAUGAUGAAUGA